UGAUGACGCUGCUUGAUCAUUAAAAAUCUGCCCUUAAAAAUAUCAGAGAAUUGGGUCAGCAAAGUAACACUAUACCAGAGGAAACCCCGCAUUUAUCGGCCCGUUUUGGGGCGUAUAGCGUUAUAAGAACGAAAGUGUAUCUGUAAUUUUAACCUGUUCCGACGGAGAGAAAGAUGCCCGGUGCUUUGAGCAUCUGCACACGGGAGCCGUAGCAGUUAGACCGGUCCGCCUGUCUGCCUCCGCCGGGUUUGGAAACCUGUGAGCCACGGCAGCCUGAAUGCUUAGCCGGGGAUCGGAGGGUCAUCUGGAGCGUUGUAUGUUGAUCCAGGAAGUCUCGCUCUGUCUUCUCUCAACUGCCUGGUUGCACACAUUUCUCUAGUUCUACAUAAAAAUGUCAAGCCGUCGAAAAUCCACUACACCUUGCAUGGUGGUGCCCUCUAAUGUGGUGGAGCAGGAAGAGGUGAAGCCAAGGGCCGAAGGGCCCCAGGAUCAACAGACAGAGGUGGGCGUGAAAGAGCCUGAAAAAGAUGCCCUACCGGCCCAGGACUUGAACCAGACUGUAGUAGUUGUGCCUACUCCUUCAGAUACAGAUGAUCCAACUGUUUCAGCUAUGGAGGACAGUGAUUUAAUAUGUCCCUCUACAAAGCAAAGCAUCAUGGACCCUUCAGAAGAAGCCAGCAGCGACCAGCCAAGCACUGAACCACAAAAUGACACCCCUGAUGAGGGCGCUGCAGACCCCACAAGUGUCAAUGCCAUCUCUCUCAGCAAGACCCCAAUCAUGAGGCUGAAGACCAAAUCUGAGCCAAAGAGGAUCGCUGUGUCCCUCAAAUCGACAGAGGAAGCAGCAGAGGGUUUUGGAGGAGGCAGUGAAGGGGAUGUGGGAGGAGAGCAAGAGCCCAUCGAAGCCCCUUUGGGACCUAUGACACCUGUGGACAUGUUGCUACACGACUCCAUGAAACUGGGAGGAGGAGGUUUGCUGGUCAGCCCUCCACUGGAGCAGCAUAGGAAAUCAUCUCUUUUAAAUCCUACUGUUAUGUCUCCUGGCUUUGCACAAGUUCUUUCUGCUUUUCAGGCCCAGCAGAGUACAGCAUCUACAGCAGUCCAGCCUCAACUCCUGAUUCCUCUCAGUAGCAUCCCCUCCUACAGUGCAGCCAUGGACACCAAUCCUCUUCUGGGCAGCACAUAUAAGAAGUUUCCUUAUCCCUCUAUGGUUGAGAUCAGCAGCCUGGCAGCACAGACACAGUUCACUGAGGAACAAAUCAAGGUGUGGUUCUCAGCUCAGCGGCUAAAGCAUGGCGUCAGCUGGACCCCAGAAGAGGUGGAGGAGGCUCGGAGGAAACAGUUUAAUGGCACAGUGCACACAGUUCCACAGACUAUCACUGUCAUCCCUGCUCAUCAGCUUUCAGCAGCCGCCAAUGGCCUGCAAUCUAUUCUCCAGACCUGUCAGAUUGUGGGUCAGUCUGGCCUGGUUUUCACACAGGUUGGCCCAAGUGGAAAUCUCCCUGUGACGAGCCCUAUCACUCUGACUGUGGCAGGACUGCCCAGUCAGUCCCAGAGCUCCAGCAGAGUAUCCUCCCAAUCCAGCUCUUCCAACAGUGAACUGAAACGAGCCACAACUGUCCAGCCUCCCUCACUCUCUCCACAGGAGAACUCAGCACUUUGUGCUGACACAUUUGGUAUGCGGCCUAAGAAGUCCAAAGAGCAGCUUGCAGAAUUAAAAGCAAGCUACCUGAAAAACCACUUUGUUACUGAUGCGGAAAUUGCACGCCUGAUGAAGCUAACAAACUUAACAAAAGGUGAAAUCAAGAAAUGGUUCAGCGACACCAGGUACAACCAGCGUAACUCUAAGAACAGCCAUAUAAUCAUGGUUCAGGAUGGUGCUCGAGGUGGUAGUAGUGCUAAUGCCACCAUUGUUAUUGACUCAAGUGAUGAGACCCCCUGUUCGCCCAAUCCUCCCCAUACUCCCCCUGUUAAAGAUAGGGAAACUCGAUCAAAAUCUUGGAAUCCAUUUCCUGAUUUUACUCUGCAGAAGUUUAAGGAGAAGACACCAGAGCAGCUGGUAGUGUUGGAGGAGAGUUUUGAGAAGAGCAGUACUCCCUCUGACGAGGAGCUGAGUCGCCUGAGGGCAGAGACCAAACUGACACGUCGAGAGAUUGAUGCCUGGUUCACAGAAAGGCGGAAAGUACCAGCAGCCAGUGUCUCCUCUCCAGACUCUGAGGAGGGCAAGGGGGAGAUGGACUCCGUGAAAGCAGAUGAAAGUGGAGAAACCGGUGAUACUGCAUCUGUAAAGGGGAACCAAACUCCCCCUGGAGGCCAAAAUAAAGAGUUGCCAUCCACAAGCUGCACCAGCAAAGAUGUGAAAGAUAAAGGUAAAAAGUCUCCAGAACAACUGCAUAUACUGAAGUGUGCCUUUGUUAAAAACCAAUGGCCAACAGCAGAGGAGUAUGACCAGUUGGCAGAGGAGAGUAGCCUCUCUCGCGCCUACAUUGUCAGCUGGUUUGGAGACUCACGAUACUCCUGGAAGAAUGGGAACCUUAAGUGGUUCUUUCAGUACCAAAGUGGCAACGUUGAAGCAUCAAGCAGUGGAGCAGUUAAAACAGGAGGUGGUCGGAAAAGACGUGGCAGGAAUCGUGGCUGGGGUCGCUCACGGACAAGAAGGCAGACAAGAAGAUCGACCUCCUACAGUGCAGAUGUAGAUGUGCCUCCACCAAAGAAAUUCAAGAGUGGCAGAGAUGUUCUUAAAGAUUACUACCUAAAGCACCGCUUCCUCAAUGAGCAAGAUCUGGAUGAGCUUGUCACCAAGAGCAACAUGAGCUAUGAACAGGUGAGAGAAUGGUUUGCUGAAGUCCAGAGACGUUUGGACAUGGGUUUAGAUCCCUUCCAGGAGACGGCUGUCCGGAGGCCACUCGGAGAGGGAGAUGACACGCAGGCUCCAUCAGAACAGCAGUCUGGUGAGAGGAUGGGAGAGGAUGAUGAGGAUGAAGAUGAGGAGGAUGGAGAGGAUUCGGACGACAGCGAGGUUUGGGAGCCUUCACGAAGCGUGAGAAAAUCACUGUCUGUUUCUGAAGACUGAUGAUUUUGGAUUAGUUCAAAUGGUGCAAGAGAAACAAUGCUGAAAUGACAAAUGCUGGAUAAUCAAGGCUUUUUGCACCUGUGUGCACAAGUGCACACUUCUAUUCACUGUAUUUUUUAACAAAUGUGGAGACUAUGGAUAUUAGCUUUAGUGUUUUAGAAUGGAUAAUAAUCCUGAGAGUAAUAAUAAUCCUGAUUGGGAAUGACUGUCUUAGAAGCACUGAAAACCAAAUGUUAUUGUUGUUUAGAACAGUAAUGUCAAUAAGUAAUACCAUGAAGUGCAAUCCUCAACUGAGGUUCAAGAAAAACUCCAAAAAGACGUUCCUACACAAUCUUUAGGCCUGAAUGCUGUCGCAAACAGACAAGUCCUAUUGACAGAAGGAUGCUGCGUUUAUUAUCUUCAUCUUGGAUGUUUCACCUUUGGCCCUAAACAAACUGCAGAGGCCAAACCCUGAUGUGUUGUGUUUACGAGGGUGCUUAAAUGAUUGUUUUCACAUGUGACCAUUAGAUGUCACUGCUGAGCAACAUCCUGAUGGAGGACUGGACUUGAAUAUUUGCUUGUUUUACCUGUUUACUUGUCAUUUUUAGCACCUGCAACAAUCCCAGAACCAGUAGUGAUGAUUUCCACAAGCCUUUUGAACUGACAAAUAUUAUUGCUGACACUGAAAGAUGGUUAUCUACUGGUAAUUCAGACGGUACCAUUGGAUUUUGGGAUGUGAGAUGUCUAAGUAAGUCUUCCCUUUAUACACCCCUAUGUUGGUAGUAAUUUAAUUAUUACAUGUUUUUUAACUGGAUAACUGCAUAUUUAGGGGUGAAAUUGAAAAGAAUGCUCUGCAAUUCAUACUUUCAUUCAAAUAGCGAAAGUAUGGCAUUCUGCUUUGUGGUUUAUCAUGUUAAUUAUUGUGCCAAAGUUGAAUGUGUUGCCCUCUGAGCAGUGAGGUGAAGUCACAAUCUGUGAACAGUUGCCACAGUGUGUUAGUCUUCAAGUUCAGUCAAACGAAAAUAGAAAUGGUACUUCUGACUUUUCAAUGUAACCUUAUCAAGUUGUAUUAAGUCUUUUAUUUGCUUUCUGGGGCAAUCUGCUACAUCACUUAGCUUAGAGCAGAGACUGCAAACAACUGUUUCUGUCAAACUUUCAAACAAACUGUAGUAAUAUUUUAUAUGUAACAAUUGUACAACCAUUGUUCGCAGGGCAAUUAUUAUUUUGUAGCUUUCACAAAACUGUGAAGUCAUACACAGCUGUGCUAACUGUUUCCCAUAAAGUAUUGCUUUAAUUGCCACAUACAGUUCAAACAGACAGCAAAAACAGUCAGUCAGCAAUGAAUUUUCAAUCAUCCACGCAACAUAAAAUGAGGCCUGUGAAUAUUAAGGUCAAACCUUAACGGACACUGUCUAACAGUAUUUUGAGUAAUGUUUGACUCAAUUCUGCACUGAAUUAAAAUAAUCUUAAGCACCUACUAAACCUUUAAAUGCACUUUGUCCACAUGUGCACUUGUCGGACUAAACCCUGAUUUGGCACCUUAAUCUCUUAUGAUACCAUAAAAUGGCUCUGAGAGACCAAAUCUUUUGUAUAGCUAAAAGCUAAACCAGUAUUUUGCCUUUUUAUGCUUCAUUAUUUUUGGAGGAGGGACCUUGGCAGCGUAUUUGUUUUUAUACAAAUAUAAGGUGUAUGUUUGUAUGGCUCAAAAAAUAGCUGAACAAUCAGUCACUAAAUUGCACAAUAUGAGCCAAUUUUCAUGUGUUCACUUUAAUGCAUUUCCGUCUGCCCCUUUCCUCCCGUCAACUUAAUAUUCUGAAUAAUGGUAUGCACUCCCGAGACAUAUCUCUGUAGAUGUUUGUACUGCUUCGUCUUGGUGAAUCACACAGACAGAUGCACAGCUGAUGGGGCAUGUGGUGGGAGAGCAGCAACAAUGAAGCUUUGUAAAGAAACCUUUGUGCCUCCAUGGCUUGUACUCUUGGUUGAACAGAAUCACACUAAUUUGGGAAAGAAAAGGCGAUAAGAAGUGCUGCUUGUUCAAACUAAGAAGUGAGGCAUGGUCAAGCUCUGCUUUCUUUCUUGGUGAUGUUCAAAGAUGCCUAUAAACUCUUGAGGUUAUGCUAUGAUAUCCUCUAGUUUAAGUUCUUGAAUCUAGGUGAUGUUUUUGUAUUUCCACACCAGGCAUUUGUCACAAUCCAACCCUGUGUUGUGUGCUCACUGCUAAUCAACUGUACUAACUAGUAGCGUUUAGAUUAAGCUUUCAGUGUGUUACACUCUUCAUGUGACAAGUGCCUGGCAAUACAAAAAAUUUAGCUAUAUCUUUGUCUAAUCGUGCAUGCAAUAACUAUCAAUUGCAUAUUUUGUACACACAAUGAUAAUUAGGCUGUGUGGGACAGUUAAAGCCUAACCGUUUUUUUGGUAGCUUUAAGCACCCACUUUUUCAACACAUUUUGUAAACACUGUAAAAGUUGCAUUUUGCUUAAUCUAGUUCUCUUUAUCUAUUAUCCCUUUUGUCUUAGUGAUGUUUUUUGUUUUUUUUUGUACAGGUUUUGCUUUGCUCUUGUUCCUUGUUAUAACGUCUCAUUUCCAGUGUAUUCUUUCAGUCCAUGGUUUUGAAUGGGUCUGUAUUCAUUAUCUAUUAACUGUGUCCUUGCAACUCUGUCCACAUAUUAGUGGUUUAUUUGUAAACAAUAUAAACUCCUAAAAUGUGUGCUAUAAUGUGGUGGUUUUCAAAUGCUGUUUUUUUUCUUUUAGAUUGUCGCUUUUUGGUAUAUAGAUAGCAAUGAAAUGUAAAGUCAUGGCUCAAGAACUGCAAAUAUAUAUACAAAAAAAAAUUUGACCAGCUUCGCUUUUUUCCAAAAUUGUAAGACACUAUAAAUUAAUUUAAGUAGAACAAAAAAAAAAUCAUAACCAAAUUAAGGAAAUUCUCUUUUAGUUUGUGAAAAUCCUAGGAUAAUUAUAUUCUAUUUAUGUUUAAAACUUUACAUUUAUUGCAAAAUAUUUUUCUGUCUUAGUUGAUACGGAGUUUUCUAAUAUUUUUCUUAAGCAUUUUUAUGUGAGGUAAAGGGCUUGCGACUUUACAUUUCUGAUUUGUGCAGUAGAGCUAAAUACUAAGAAUGUCCACUGUGUUUUUUCUCUCUUUCUGCUGUAGUCCUCAUGUGUACUCUGUAUUUAGAUCAACAGCUGGUUGAAUGUUUUAUGGCAAACUGAGAUCUAAGUGUUUUAACUGUAAGGCAGAUUUUUUUUUUUUUUUUUUUUUUUUUUUUUUUUGGCAAAGUAGACGCUGUUCAAUUUAUUGUAAUAAUAAAUGUCAUUUUGUAAACUCUCUCAUGUCACUUGGGAUCUUAUGUGACACUGACAGUAUCUUCUGGACAGUCUCUUCUGGCUGAGAUGAAGAGCAGUGGAUCUAGCUCAGUUCACACACAC